GCCCCCGAUAAUUGAAGUUGUGCUUGUUGAAGUUGUACAUUUUGCGCGAAACCUGCCAAUAGUUGCCCUUGACCCUCGUACUUGUAUAAACUUAGUAUUUAAUUUUAGCGAUUUGAAAAAACCAUGCACAUCCCUAGUUGAGCGCACUUGGCCUUAAAGUAGGGUUAUCGGUCUUUAGGUUAGGUGCCAUAUGUUUGUUUGAGCGUUUGUUUAUUUACGGAACUUUUCCACCCCAAAAUGAACACUUUGGGGUUGAGCACCUUGUUUCGCAUGGGGUGUAUAUGCACCAGUGAAAGUGUUGAUAUCAAUGGCAUCAAGUAUGUAGUAAAGGAGCUGUUAGGCGAAGGGGGCUUUUCCUGUGUGGAACUGGUGGAACAGGCGUCGACUAGAAAAAAAUUCGCCUUGAAGCGCAUUAAAUGCCACAGCAUUGAUGAUCAAAAGGUUGCAAGUAACGAAAUAACGUAUUGUAAGAAGAUGAAGCAUCCCAACAUCAUUGAACUUAUUGACGCAUGCAUCAAAGGCUCUGCAGACUCAGUGGUGGACACGACAUCAGAGGCUUUUCUAGUCUUGCCUUAUUACAAAAGGGGCACUUUGCACGACCACUUGGCAUUGAAGUCGUUCGCCAAAACCUAUCUGGACGUGAGAGAGAUUAUUAGGAUAUUUUACGACAUCUGCCAGGCUGUGAAGUAUAUGCACGAUUUCAGCCCCGAGCCCAUCGCCCAUCGGGAUUUAAAGACGGGCAAUGUGUGUCUGACUGAUAAUCUGGACCCGAUUUUAAUGGAUUUGGGUUCAUGUGCGCCGGCUAAACAGCAAAUUUGCGGCACCCAAGACGCUCAGAAGUUGGAAGAUAUUGCCGCUGAACGAUGUUCAAUGACCUACAGAGCGCCGGAAUUGUUCCAUGUGGAGAGCUACUGUGUUAUUGACCAGAAAACUGAUAUUUGGAGCUUAGGUUGUCUCCUUUAUGCCCUGCUUUACUUUAAAUCGCCAUUUGAUGCUGUUUAUGAACGAGGCGACUCGGUGAACCUGGCUGUGAUAUCUGGAAAUAUAUACUUUCCUGAAGACGCCCCUUUUCCAAAGGAACUGCAUGACCAAAUUUUGUCUAUUUUGAAAGUCAAUCCUGCCGAAAGACCGUACAUCGAUGAUGUGAUAGAACAAGUUGAUUUGUAUAAACGAACUCUUGAUACUGCUGUUUAAUGCUAGUACUACUGCCUCACUUUUGUGGCUGCUUUUAGCCAAUUUUACUAUUGUAAAUGGAUUAUUUUUAAGUAUACAUGUAUGUCAGAAAGGCGCUAAUUGAUAUAAAUGUUAGCAAAAUA